AUGGACCAACUUUUGUAAUAAGCUUAACAAAGAGGCUCUGAAGCCCAUCAACUUUAUCAUAAGGGAAAGUAUGAAGAAUCUCUCGCUUUGUAUAAAGAAAUGCUGAAAACUGAUCCAAAGGAUGAUUUAAGCAUGCUUGGAGUUGCUGAUUGCUUACUUUCUUUGAAAAGAUAUGAUGAAGCAAAAAAAGCUUAUGAAGUAUUUAUUGAGUAAGGUUCUAACAAAUUUAAGGCUCAUGGAUUUUGCAAUUACGCUCUAUGCUUAUCUAAGGAAGGAGAAAAUUCAGAUACUAUUGAUUCAUUAAUGGACCUUGCUUUAAAAUCUCAAAGCGAAGAAUUUUAGUGCAUUUAAGUGCUGUGUUUAGUAGCUGACCAUUUUUGCAACAAAUUAUAGCUUGAUAAUGGUUUAACUGAGGAAGAAACUCAAAACUAUUUGGAACUUAUAAGAAAGUGCAUAGAUAAAAUUGAUGAAAUAGAUCCUUUAUAUAGUGAUGGAUUAGUUAUUAAAGGAAAUUACUACUCUUAAAUUGGUGCUGAAUAAUCUGCUAUUUAAGCAUACGAAGAAUUAAUUUAGCUCUAACCUAAUGACUAUAGAGGAUACUAUAAUCUCGCACUUUCUCUAACUAAACAAGGCUAAUACUAACAAGCUAUCAAUUUAUUCUUAAAAAGUGAUUUAAUGAAUAAAGAAAAUAAAAAUUUUGCUUUGAAAUCUGCCUUCCAAACUGCCAAAAAAGCAAAGAGCAUGGAUCUAGCUCUAUUUAUAAUGGAAAAGAAACUCUAAUAGCAACCAAAAUCUAGCUAGGUAUAUCAAGAAACAGUAACUGCAUGCAUUUUAAUGUAAAAAAUGAGUGCUGCAGUUAUGAUUGCUUAAAACUGGACAAGCGAAUGCCCUGAUGAUAUCAUCGCAUGGUAAUUCUUAGCUGAGCUUACAUACACUUCUUAAAUUUAUGAUUUAGCUGAAAAAGCCUACUUAAAUCUUAAUCGCUUGACUGAAUAUAAAGACCACUCUUUUAUCAAUGUCUUAGCAGCAAUUAAUCUCAGCAGAAAAAAUUACGAAAAAUCAUUUGAAUACUGCCUAAAAUCUUUAGAAGUAAAAUAUGAUUAUCCAUUUGCCUUUAGAAAUCUUUCUGAAUUUAGAUAACAUUACUCAAAAGAAAAAUUCUACUAAUUUUAUGAUGAUUAUACAUCAAAGUAUCCAAUGAACACAGCUGCUCAAGAAUAUAUCAAUAGAAUUAAAGAAUCUUUCCCCGAAGACGUUGAAUACUUAAACAAAAAAUUCGCUGAAAACUAAUCCUUAGUAAAAAAACUUGAAAAUAAAUCUUAAGAAACCAAAUAAAACGAAGGUUGCUGUGGAGGUCAUGAUCACCACCAUCAUUGA